AUGGCUUCCAAGGCCAUGUGGGAGGUCGACCCCGAGACGCGAGCCAAGCUGGCCGCGAUCCAGAAGGAGGCUAAGAACAACGUCUGCUGCGACUGUAACGCUCCGUCUCCGCAAUGGGCCUCCCCAAAGUUUGGCGUGUUUAUCUGCCUGUCAUGCGCCGGUGUUCACAGAGGCCUCGGUGUGCACAUUUCGUUCGUGCGCAGCAUUUCCAUGGAUGCCUUUAAGCAGGUCGAGAUCGAGCGGAUGCGCCUCGGUGGCAACGAAAACUGGCGCAACUUCUUCGAGCAGCACGAAGAUACCAAGAUGAGGGGCGUCUCAUGGGACGACGCGACCAUCGCCGAGCGAUACAGCGGAGAGGUGGGUGAGGAGUGGAAGGACAGGCUCACGGCCAAGGUUGAGGGCAAGGAGUACGUUCCCGGAGAGAAGAAGGCCGCGCCCGCUCCGGCUGCCGCCAAGCCCGUCAGCAGGACCGGCACGCCGUUGAGCGGCACCAACAGCCGCUCGGCCAGUCCCGGCAGGAAGGUCAAGGUCGACGACAAGUACUUCUCCAAGCUCGGUGCCGAAAACGCCUCAAGACCCGACAACCUGCCGCCGAGCCAGGGCGGCAAGUACGCGGGCUUCGGCAGCUCGCCGAUGCCCGAGAAGAACGAGGCUGGCAUGCCGACGGUCGAUGACCUCCAGAAAGACCCCAUGGCCGCGCUGAGCAAGGGCUUCGGCUGGUUCACGAGCACCGUCUCCAAGACGGCCAAGACGGUCAACGAUGGCUACAUUCAGCCCACGGCGAAACAGCUGGCUGAAUCCGACUUUGCGAGACAAGCGCAGGUCGCCGCCGGCAACGUCGGCCGCGCAGCGCAGCAGGGUGCCCGUAACGCCCAUGAUGGCUUCAACCGGUUCGUCGAAGGCGGUCCCAAUAGCCAAGGCGGUCAAGGAUCAAGACAGGCGCCCUUGGACGAGAGUAAGAAGGACUUUUGGGACAGCUUCUCAAACCUUGCGGACCAGAGGCAGACAAACAGCGGCAGCUCCAUCGGCACAUCGGCUAUGGGCAAGAAGACCGGCGGAGCUGCGGCGCCCGCAACGAAGAAGGACAACGAUGGCUGGGAUGACUGGCCAUUGUACAAGCCAACAGAGAGUCCCAAAAUGUCCGCCCUCAGAAUCCUCGUCCCCGUCAAGCGGGUCAUUGACUACGCUGUCAAGCCCCGAGUCAACAAGGCCCAGACGGGCGUCGAGACGGCCGGAGUCAAGCAUUCGAUGAACCCCUUUGACGAGCUCUCGGUCGAGGAGUCGGUGCGCAUCCGCGAGAAGAAGCGCGCGCCCGGCGGCGUUGAGGACAUCACCGUCAUCUCCGCGGGACCCCCCAAGGCCGUCGACGUGCUGCGGACGGCCAUGGCCAUGGGCGCGGACCGCGCGAUCCACGUCGAGACCAAGGAGGGUGACGACCUCGAGCCACUGUCGGUGGCGAAGCUGCUGCACAAGGCAGCCGAGGAGCACAAGUCGAACCUGGUCAUCCUCGGCAAGCAGAGCAUCGACGACGACGCGAACCAGACGGGCCAGAUGCUGGCGGGUCUCUUGGGCUGGUCGCAGGCGACGCAGGCGAGCGAGGUCAAGUUCGGGGAGGGCGACACGGUCAGCGUCACGCGCGAGGUUGACGGUGGUGUCGAGACCGUCAAGGCGAAGCUGCCGCUCGUCAUCACGACGGACCUGAGGUUGAACGAGCCGCGGUACGCCAGCUUGCCGAAUAUCAUGAAAGCGAAGAAGAAGCCGCUCGAGAAGAAGAAGCUGGCGGACUACGGCAUUGGCGUUGAGAAGAGGUUGAAGGUUUUGAAGGUUACUGAGCCUGCCCAGAGACAGGGCGGUGGCAAGGUCGAGGACGUCAACGGGCUUGUUGCGAAGCUCAAGGAGCUUGGUGCCUUGUGA